GUAAGAACCUACGGCAAAUGUAUAUACUAUAAGAACAACAACAGGAAGCCAAACACAAGCAAACAAGUCUUUGCAGAUAUAACUAUAAGUUUGGAUAUUAAUGGUGGUACAAUGCCUUACACAGAAGACCACGACACUGAAAACAACAACGCAAAAGACAUGGUUAAUGAUAAAGCGGAGAAGGAACGAAGUGAACAUAUAAAGCAUAUUGCAAGUUACAAGGAAGAGAAAAGACAGUUGAUAUCGGAGAUUGAGAACCUGGAAAAUGUAUUGAACAAACUCAGGUUGGAGUUUGAAGACAUGCCCACUGCCAAUGAGUUGUCCAGGAGAAGACAGGCCUGGAUAGAUGAGGAGAGAGAUAUAGCAAAGAAAGAAGAUGAACUUGUUGCAAAGCAGAAAGGACUGGAGGAAUAUGAAAAGGAGAUUGAAGUGAUUGAGGGAUACCUAAAUAGACGUCAAAAGAUGUGUGAUCACAAGGAGCAAGACCUGAAAACCUUAGAUGACCAACUGACAGAAUUAAAUGAUGAGCUACAACAAUACAGAGAAGAUCUCAAGAGACAAGGAGUUGAUGUGGACAGUCCUAGUGGGAAAGCAAAGCUAAACUGGGAGUAUUUGCGUGGAAAAGUGAUUGACAGAGAAAAACAAUUAGAAACAACUAUUAAAAACAUCAGGAGUGAAAACAUUGCCAACUGUGCAUUGAUUGCAGUCAAAGACCAAACAAUUAAUGAUUUAAAAAAUAAAAUGAAAGAAACUGAUGAGCUCCUAGGAAAACACGAAAUUAAAAUCAAACAACUGGAAUCCAGGCUCACAUUAGCAAUUCAUGAAAAUAACCAACAGACUGGAUUAGAUUCAAAUUGCACAAACAAUACUCCACAAUCCAGCAUUUCAAUGAACAGUAGAAAACAUUCAUCAUCCAGACUGCCAUCUAUUGGCAACCAAAGUCCUCAAGCAUCAACGUAUCAAGUGCCAAACUUUGAUGAAAAGAAACCAACAAAUAUGCGAAGGCCACUGAGAAUAUCUUUACCGAAUCCUCCAGAGGAAACAGUACAUGCCAAUCCUGACCCACCAAUGGGAACAAGACACAAAAAUUUAGUGUCCGAGGGUAGAGAAUUGAGAAAAUCAAACUCAAUGCCCUCAAAACAUCGAAGAAGAACGGUUGGACAUCUUGAAUUUGAGAGAAGCAGGUCUAAAAGUCAAACUGACCAUCACAUGAAGAUUGAUGCUGAGAAACAUUCCAGUACAACUUGUAUUGUAAUGUAAGUUGUAUAUUUGCAAGACGCCAUGACGCAGAUGUAAUGUGCAUGUUACACAUGAGAGCCAAACACAGAUUAACCUGUUUUAGUUAAAAUGGGUGAUAUUCAAAAAUAUAUCUUUGAAUUAGCACAUGAAAUAUUAAUCAUGA